UUCCCUGCAACUCUGAACCAAAUAUUCCAAUGGGCGAGCGCGAUGACAGGGCGUCCCUUGCUGAUCGUCUCGGAUGGUCUGGCCCACCCACAAGCCAUUUGCUCAUCGCUUACACACUAACAUAGUACUACCGCAGUCCUCCAACAACAUGCAGUCACCACUAGAAAUUGACAAAUCUUCCUCUUUCUCCUCUCCAUUCAUUAGUCACUUCUACCACCCCACCCCCUUACAGCCCCUCUCGGCCUCCCUUCUUGACUCGUCUUGACGACCAGUCUUCCCUUCCCCCCUCUUCGGCCAAACAUCGCUAGUCGACGGCUCCGAAGAGCUUCUUCCACACCCCUUCUAUAAUCACCUCAAGCCCUGGUGGCUACCUUCAUUUACCCGACACACACACUUUCCUUUGACAAUCUUCCAAGAUGAAGAUCCAGCACGGUGCCCUCCUCCUACCCCUGAUCGCUUCUUCCGCUGUGGCCAUGCCUUCUAGACGGCACAGGCCUCUGUUUAGGAAGGUCUAUGGCAAGAGGGAAGAUGCGGUGGACACGGGGGUGAACGCAACGGAGAGCGCGAGUGGCUCGAGUUCGUCGACGGUGACCGAGAGUGCCACCGUAACUUCAUACGUCACGGCGUCUGAUAGCGGCUCGGGGUCGAGCAACGCUUCCUCGUCCUAUACCGAGUCGUCAUCAUACUCGGCCGCCUAUCCGUCAGCUUCUUCCAACUCUACCGACCCGGAUUACUCCUUAUCCAACUCUACCUCCUCAUACACCUCUUCCAACUCUACCGACUACUCCAACUCGACCCAAACCGUCAACUCGACCCUUCCUUCCUCCAACUCGACCAACACCAACUCGGGGUACGACACUCAGCUGUCCAGCCCUAACAACAUCUCUUCCGAGGCCAUCUCGGCUCUUCUGAACAACACUGGUUCUUAUGCGACGUAUACUUACUCGGUGUACUCGCCCGAGACGGUGACCCAGACGUCGACAGAGACGGAAGUUGUGACGGCUACGAGCACGGACAGUGGGAUCGCUAGUGCGAGUGCGACGGCGGCGAGCUACGAGGAUGAUGGCGGCGAUGAUGAUGGAGACGAGGACGAUGGAAAUGAGGGUAACGGAGAUGAUGGGGACGAUGGAGAGACCAGCAAUGAGACGGAUGCGGAGAGUUAUUGGGAUCAGAUUGAGGCUGCGGCGGAGAGCUAUGCGGAUGCCUACUCGGGUACUGCUAUGCCUACAAAGACUUUGGAUGUGGUUCUUGAGCCUACUCAAGAGGCCGAUGGUUCAUGGGAAUACAUCAUUCGCAUUGGUACCGACGGUACAGCCACCGCCUUCCCCACUUGGUCUGCUAGUGCUACCGCUAGCAGCUCGGCCUCUUCCGGAUCGAGCUCUGGCAGCUCUUCGGACGCCGACAGUCAAUACGCAUCUGCGCCUAUUACCACCUCUGCCGAUAUCGCUGGUGCGACAGCUACCACUUCGAGCUACUCCAACCCAUACCUGCAGAGCGCCACGAGCGUAUACGUUCCUGCUGCCGCCGCCACCACCACUUCUUCAUCAACAGAUUCUAGCUCUUCGAGCGACGAGUCCAGCGAUGAGGAUUCCAGUGAUGAAGACUCGUCCUCUCCCAGCGCCGGUGUGUCUUCUUCGUCUGAUGACGACGACACGACCUCCUCGAGCGCGGAUGAAUCAGCCGAAACCUCGGCAGACGACUCUUCUCCUUCGGCAACUUCUUCUACCCCUUCGGCGGCUUCAGCUACUGCUAGCUCCAGCGCUUACCAGGUACCCGGCCACAGCUCUUCUUCUUACGGCGACUCUUCCAGCUCUGACGACACUUCGUCUUCCGCUAGCGCCUCUUCAUCUUCGAGUGCUUCGGCGGCGUCGGCGAGUGCCACUACGGACCCCAACGCUGUUCCCGGCCAUUCUUCUUCCUCCUACCACGAUUCUUCUUCCGAUGACUCUGAGGACCAGUCUUCCGACGACUCUGAGGACAGCAGUGAUGAUACGAGUGUGAGCGCGAGCUCCGAGGGAACUCCUUCUUCUACUGCUUCUUACGAGUCUGAAUCUACUGCCUCUGCUUCUUCGGUUCCCUUCCCUCCUUGGUACGGCGGCUCUUCCUCAGACGAUGAGGGAUCCUCCUGGUCCAACGAGACGGUCACCAACUCUUCUACCCCUUGGGCGAACGAGACUACCCCAUAUGACAACUCUACCAACCCUGGUACCAACUCUUCUAUCCCUUGGGCGAACGAGACUGCCCCAUAUGACAACUCUACCUACCCUGGUCCCGACUAUACUACGCCGUUGAACGGCACAAACACGACCGUUCCUUUGAACGAAUCUAUUCCCAUCAACUCUACCUACGGCAACUCUUCGGUCAACAGUUCGGUACCUUCCCUUGAGGGAGGGAACGGUACCUCCUCUUCUCUCGAUUCUUGGAUCGCUACCGCGACCGAGAGUGGAGAUGGGCUUGUAACUGUGGCACCUACAGAGACGGCUACUGUCGCUGCUACCUUGACUUUGGCCAACGGUACAGUGGUUCAGCCGACUGCUUCGAGCAGCGAGAGUGUGAGCGCGAGCGAGGAGGAGGCUAGUGCGACUGAAAGUGGAUCUGUGGCAGGGUCCAUGACGGUCUAUAAGCCUUCUUCUAGUGCGAGCGCGACAGAGUCCGAGGCAUCGUCUAGCGAGUCUGCGAAUGAGGGUAUCGCGUCUCCAUCUGCCUCCUCCUCCUCCGUCGACCCCACCAUCACUGCUUCUUCCACCCAGGCUUCCAACACCACACUCUCCCCUACCUCUUCCGACUCUGUCUCUGUGGCCGAGAACGAAGAUGGUAUCGAGACCGACUACGUGACGGCUUGGACCACGAUUGACGUCACCCAAACCUUGUCGGCUUCCUCGUCUGUCGUCCCCACUGCGAGCGCGAGCGUGGCGAAUGUGAGCGACAGUGAGAGUACUGCUUCUGUUGCCUCCUCCUCUGAGGUUUCAGACAGCGAGGGAAGUACUCCCACCGCUUCCGUCACCAACGCCACUGCGUCUGCUUCUUCUGCCGAAGCCAGCGCUACCGCGAGCUUUGCUGAGGGCUUUGCCGUCAAUGUUGGCGGCGACGCCUCUUCAUCCGAAACUGAAUCCCAGUCCGCGACCGAGUCUGCGUCUUCCGCUUCUAGCGUCGAGACCCAGUCCGCGUCAACAACCUACAACGAAACCAUCCCUACCUCUUACUCGUCAUACUCUGCCUCUGAGGGAACCGGUUCCAUCUCUGCUUCUUCCGCCAGCGUGACCGAGUCUGCUUCCUCAUCUGAGGCGAGCGUGACGGCGUCUGCUACGGAGAGUGCGAGCGAAUCGGAAGAGACGGCGUGUGCGAGCGAGAGUGCGGGGCUGGAGGAGAGGGCUGUGGAUGAUGAUGAGGAGUAUGAGGAGGUCUGGGUCAACGAGGAUGAGAUUGAGGAAGGAUGGGAGAUUUUGAUCUAGAGCGAUGGAAUCAGAGUUGUUUGUAAAUAUAUUCGCUUCAUGCGCAUAGUAUAGUUGAAAUCUAGUAUAGGUAGUUUAAUGAAUAUGGCUCUGGCAGUCACAAUGCUCCCCACACAAUA